AUUUAAAUUAAUAUUUAUAAUUGUUUUUAAUAUUUAUUUAAUUUUUAUAUUAAAAUAUGGCAGUAAGGAGAAAGAACAGAAAUUGGAAUGAUAAUGGUUUUGAAGAUUGGGGUGGUUAUAUGGAAGCUAAGAAAACAAAAUUGGAAGAACAAUUUCAUGAAGAAGCACAAAAAGAAUAUAAAGACCCGUCGAAUUUAUUUAAAGGAAUAUCUAUAUUUGUUAAUGGCUAUACUGAUCCAACAGCAGAUGAACUAAGACAGUUAAUGAUGGAACACGGAGGAACGUACCAUCAUUACAUGCGACCCACAAUUACAACCCAUAUAAUUGCAUCCAACUUACCAUAUUCUAAAAUUGUACUCCAUAGAAAAGCUCAAUGUCCAAUGCCUAUUUGUAAGCCUGAAUGGAUAAUAGAUAGCAUCAAAGCUGGGAAGGUUUUAAAUUAUGAGAAUUAUUUGCUCCUUACUAAUUGUACCGGUAGCCAACCACAAUUAAAUUUUAAAGUAAACACACACAAUAAAAAAGAUAAUGUAAAUAAUACAAUAAAUGAUAACAAUAAUAUGAUGCAAAGUAUCGUUGAACCAUCUGCUGUAGUAAAUGUUGCAGCUUCUACUAGUAAAGACUUCAAUCAAGAUAUUAACAAUUCUCUCUCUACGAAUCUUAAAAAAACAAAAGGAACAGCACUUUCAUCUAAAAAUUCGGAAUUCAUAUCAGAAUUUUAUAACAAUUCGCGAUUACAUCACAUUGCUACUAUGGGUGCAACGUUUAAAGAUUACAUUAAUGAAUUAAGAGACAAGAGUGAUGGAAAAUUUCUUGGUUUAGAACGAUUGAAGAAAAUGAAAGAAUCAAACCAAAAUUCUCAACAUUCCAAUAAUUCAUACUUAACAGAAGAUGAAAUGUUGACUUCUCAAGAAAGACAAAAUACAAUAGUAAAAAAUGGACCCGUCAUAAUGCACAUAGACAUGGAUUGCUUCUUUGUUUCUGUAGGUCUUAGAAAUAGACCAAAUUUAAGAGGAUUACCUGUUGCAGUAGCACAUGCUAAAGGGAAUAAAAGUAUUAAUACUGAAUCGAGCAACGUAAAUGAGCAAGAUGAAGAAGAAUAUGGUUCUUUUUCGGAAAUUGCAUCAUGUUCGUAUGAAGCAAGAAAAGCAGGUGUAAAGAAUGGAAUGUUUUUGGGUGCAGCAUUAAAAAUAUGUCCCGAGUUACAUACAAUAAAAUAUGAUUUUGAAGAUUAUAAGGAAGUAUCAUAUAGUUUGUACAAUAUAGUAGCAUCAUAUACAUUAGAUAUCGAAGCAGUAAGUUGUGAUGAAAUGUAUGUAAAUUGUACUAAAAUACUGGAAGAAUCACAUUUGAUGCCUAUGGAAUUUGCAACAAUCAUAAGAAAUGAAAUUAGGCAAACCACAAAUUGUCCAGUAUCGGCAGGAUUUGGCAGUAAUAAAUUAAGAGCAAGAUUAGCAACGAAAAAAGCUAAACCCGAUGGACAAUUUUAUAUCGAAGAUAAUAAUGUUUUUUCAUAUAUUGACCCAUUAAGUGUUCAAGAUUUACCAGGAGUCGGAUAUACAACUGCAAAAAAGUUACAUAAGAUAAAUAUUAAUACUUGUGUAGAAUUGAGAUCGUUAUCUUUACGAACACUACAAAAAGAUUUUGGGAAAAAAAUGGGAGAGUUAUUAUAUGAUAUGUGUCGAGGUAUCGAUAAAACGAAGUUGAAUUUAGAACAUGUAAGAAAAUCUGUAUCAGCGGAAGUCAAUUAUGGCAUUAGGUUCGAAGAUAAUGGCGAAGCGGUAGAUUUUUUAAAAAAGUUAUGCAUUGAAGUACAUAGCAGAUUAAAAAAGAUUAAUGCAAAGGGAAGGUGUAUUACAUUAAAACUCAUGGUAAGAGCUAAAGAAGCACCUGUAGAAACAAUGAAGUUUAUGGGUCAUGGAAUUUGUGAUUGUAUAACAAAAUCAAAAAAUCUAAUGGCACCCAUCGAUGAUCUUACCAUUAUUACAAAAGAAGUUAUUGGUAUAUGGAAUCAAUUACAUCUAAUACCUCAAGAUAUGAGAGGAAUAGGUAUUCAAAUUUCCAGAUUAGAAAUACAGAAAAAUAAAUUUAACGAUAAUAAUUUGAUGAAUUUUGUAAAUAAAACUAAACAACCUCAAAUGGUAAAUAUUAAUUCAAACCAAUGCAGAGAUAGUGAAAAUAAUGAUUUAAAUACGUGUUCUGUUAAUAAAGAAGCAGUAGCAUCUUCAAAAACAACUAUUAGUAAUAACAAUGAUAUUUUUUCGAAGCCUAGUAAUUCACGUUCGGAAAGCAUAGAAGGAAGAGUAGAUAUUAUAGAAACUUUACCAAAUAAUCACGAUAAAAGAGAUUCAAGCAAUACUCCAAUGAAAAACAAUAUUUCUUCUCCAUUUAAUCGUUCAAUAAUUUUAUUACCCUCCCAAGAUAUAAACGAGAGUGUGUUAAUUGAAUUACCAGAAGAAAUAAGGUCAGAGAUACUUGAAGCUAAAUUGAAAAAACAAAAUUCAUUUAAUAGUAAAUCCAAAUCACAAGUUCAAAUUAAUCAAGAAAAUAAUGUUAAUACGGAAAUAAAUAACCUGAAGGUAAAUAAGAAAGAGGGAGAAAAUUCCAAAGUACAAAAAACAUUAGAUAAUAACUUACAGUCUUCAGAGAUUUCUAUAAAAGUAUCUAAUCGAAAUAUAGAAAAGAACGAUGUACCUCAUACUUCUUCUCAAUCUUUAAGUGAUACUUCUGAAAAUUAUAUGUUAUCGCAGCAAAUAGAUGAAUCUACAUUAAAUGAAUUACCAGACAAUAUCAGACUUGAGAUUAUUACUACAAUGUUCAAAAAAAAUGAUAAGAAUAAAUCAGUCAAAAAUACACAAACACGUCAAGAACAAUUUUUCAAACAAACUAAACCGAAUUCAGGAAAAAUCAUGAAAAAUGAAUUACCACCAAUUCAAGAAUUAGAUAUGUCUGUUUUGUUAGAAUUACCUGAAGAUAUACGAAACGACAUAUUUAAUGAGUAUAAAAGUAAUAAACAGCAAAAUAAUAACAGCUCCACCAGCGGUGCAAAUAUAUCAAAUGAACAAAUGAAUCAUCAAAAACAUACAGAAGUAUCUGCUAAGCAAAGUCCAGCUAUAGAAAAUGUAUCAUUUUCACAAGUAGAUCCUGAUUUUUUAGCAGCAUUACCAAUAGAUAUGCAACACGAUGUGCAAGAAUAUUGCAUUGCUAAAAAAAAAGAAAAACAAGUUAAAAAUACAAAUAAUUUAUCUAAUAACAAUACUGCUAUCGAUAAUUCCAAUAAUCAGUGGAAUGUAUUACAAUAUCCCAAAAAUACAAAACUAUUUUCUAAAUUAAAAAAUAAUGGCAAAUAUUCUAAAGUUGUUUCCAGCAAAAAUAAUCGCAAGAAAAAUAUAAAAUUAAAAAAGUCUACAGCUAAGGAGCGCAGUAAUACACAUGAAGCAGAAACAGCUAGAAAAAGUGAUAACAUAAACAGUAACAAUUUAGAUAAUAGAGACGAUAAUAUGGUCACACCAUCUUCAACCGCAUUAAAUAAUAGUAAUAAUAAAGAAGAAAGUGUAGAUGAAAUUGAAAUAAUAUUUGCAUAUAUUCGAAGUAUUACAAAAAAUGAUAAAAUUACAAAUAAAUAUCGAAAGACCUUGACCAAUAUCAUCAGUAAAUUGUUCAUUCUUCCAAUAGAAAAAAUUAAAAUGCAGAUACAAACAUGGAUUGCUAGAUCUAAAUCUGUAAACGAAGUAGACUUCUUAUCAGUUGCAACAUUUCUUAGCAUGCUUCCCGAGAAGAAACGCGUUGAAGACUUACAUAUCCUUUUAAAAACCAUGCACAGAUGUACGACAAAAACUGGAAGUUGCAUUUGGCAUAGGAUAUAUGGGAAAACAGUGGUACACGUUCAACGUUAUAUGCAGAUCGAAUACAACAGCAAUCUAAUGGUACCACCGAUUAGAUGCGAUUGUUUCAAAUAUAACAAAAACGAUGUAAUAUAAAUUUCCGGAAUUUAAUAAAUUAAUGUUUUUACAAUG